GCCAGACUUAACAAAAAAAACCCAAAGCCUUCUUUUAAAAUACAUUUAUUUGUAAAAUAUAAGUAAUUGGAUGUAUGCACAGUAAUAUGUAGACACCAAAAGCCAUUGGCACAAGUUUCAUUUCUGCCAGUCACAUUUAUUAGUCACAAGUUCCUCUAAGAUAAAAACAGUGUGUGUGUGUGUUUCAUCCUGCAUACAUACAUAACGAGGUUCACAGGUUGCAGAGAUGUUUCUUUACCUCUACUGUGUCCUUGCUGGAUUCCUCUGUCACAGCUUUUCUGCGACUCCUGUGGAACGGUUUGUGCUGCAGAACACAGUGGCUACGCUGCCCUGUCCUCAUCCUGAGGGAGAUGUGACAUGGAGCCGCUACAUAAAUGGCAAGAAGAUGACCCUUGUCACAAUCAAAAAUGGCCAAGAGAUCAUCACAGACAAACGUUAUGGCUCCCUUGCAGAUCAUUCGCUGGUUAUAACUAACGUCAAAAGCUACGAUUCUGCAAUGUAUCACUGUAAUCACAAAGAGAUAUAUCUGCACGUGAUCACAGAUCCCAACAUGGUGGUUCCCAAUGCUCAGCCGGAAGGUGUAAAUGUACCAGUCACACCAAUAAAUGACAUACAGGGUUUUGGUCUUGCACCAGACCAGAAGGGAAAAGCUGCAGACACAGAAUCCUCAGACAUUUGGAAAGUACCUGUUGGUGCAGUCAUAGGUGCUGCGCUGAUGCUUCUGGCCAUUUUAACCCUGAGAUUCUGCACAAAAAAGAGAGCAGAGAGAAGCACCAACUUGGACAAAACUGUCACCGAGGUGAUUUAUGAGGAGAUCGAAAACGACAACAUGCAGCCAAGGAGGGAAUCUGAUGUUGAAUAUCCGCACUACUGGACAAGCAUCAUUGAAACUCCAAGCACCUCCACAACACCGACUGAUAAUCUGUACACCGCUGUUAACAAGCUGAAAACUAACGGAUGCGGUGAUGAGUGUGUGUAUUCUCUUGCCCAAUAUCCAGUGCAGAAAGGAAGUUCUCAGUAUUAGUGCUGACUGUCCCUGUUUUCUUGCAACAUUACGAAAUUCAGCCCCUUUAUCUGUCACACUUGGUAGACUGAUAGAUAAAAAUAGACCCUGUUUACACUCCAAGUGCUGAGCUGUACAAAUUCCCGUUUUUAGGUUUUUUCUUCUUUAUUGCUCAUUUUGGUUGUUUUUUUCAUCAAAGGUCACGAGUGUAGAUACUGCAGAUACAAAUAGUCUCAACUCCACUAAGAUCUAAAUACUGUACUACUACGAUCCUGGACUCUGUUUCCUUCCACUGGCUCUGUUGUGCAUUUUAUUUUUGAUGAUUAACAUUUUUUAUGCCAAUAACAACAAUAUUAAACAUAUAUUUUGUGUUGAGGCAAAGUGGCUUUACUAGCAUCAAGCUGUCUCCAAUUAUCCACAUUAACAAUUAUCACGCUAACAACAAAAAGAAACAGAAACGUGUGCCUCCAGUGUUACGCCAUGCAUGAACUUAUUAAUAUUAAUUGUCUGCCUACAGGUGUUUCUCUUAAAGUGGCAGUACCUGGUUGCCAGAGUGAAUUAGAUGCAUGAUAUGUCAUUUCUGCCGCUAAUCAAAGCAACAACAAAAGACGGAGUUUGAUGACGUUGUGAAGUAGCGUGGGAUCAUGGGAGUUGUCUUCAUUCUUGAUUGUUCAGGAUGUUUUUACCGGGAGCCGAAUUAUCUGCAGAGGUCUCCUCCUCUCCAGAACAUACAGACCUGGUGAUUAAAACCGGUAAAAACACUGAAUAAAGCAGUUUCACGUUAGAAAUCAGUGUUUCCUUGCCGGGCGGGCACAGGACAUCUGGUAGGGGCUGUUAGCUGAGCUGCUUCUAACGUUUGCUUGUUUCUCUGAUAACUUGAGACAUGUGAUGACUAAAUUCCUUCAUUCGGUUAAUAGUUAAAAACAACCAAGAUCUGAAAAGUGAAUCCUAAAAAUGUGGCCUAAGACUGGAUAAAAAGUCAAUUUAUGACAGUGUCUGGUGGACAGUCACAAUUUUGGAAAGUUAUACUGAAGCAGUUGAGAAAAAAGAAAAUGUAAGUUUGUGGUAAAAGGUACAUUUUAUGUGUAAUAAAACAUCAGUGUUGUUUUUGUUUUUAUCAGAUUAGUUUUGUUGAUUUUAUUAGAUCUGCUUUAAAUGUUAAGGUUUUUUCAUCAUGGGUCUCAUUUUCAUUUUGUGUUAUUGUGACAAUUCUCCCUUAAAUGUAGAGUUUUAGGAGGGUAGUUCUCAGUAAAUUCAUUCAUUCAUUUAUCGUAACUGUGAGGUUUAUUCAAUGUCUUUGCUGUUAGCGAAUUUAUGACCGAUGAUGAUUACCAACAAAAUUGUCGGUCCAAUCACAGUGUAAAUAUGGAUCCAGACGAGAUUGUACUGCUCUACAUGUGUUUUGAUCUACACAAAUAAAAGUACUAUA